GUUCCAUGCAUACGGGUUAGUAAAUUUCAUGGUAGUUUUGGUUACCAAGUAGGGAAAACCGGAAGUUGAAUUACGCAUCAGUUUACGCAGGUGAUGUGUAUUGUACUGAUUGUUUCGGAUACCCGACCCCAUUUCAGGAAAACUAAUUGUUACAGAUAUAAAUAAACUUGCUGCAUCUGUCUACGCUUGUUAUAUAGUAAACAAGUGUAAUUGAAUAGUACAUUGCGUCCGUUUAUGGCCUGUGUAUUUUACAUAAAGAUUACGGGAGUCUCGCAGUGAUUUGUGGAUAUUUGAAAGAAUGGCUAAUGAAAAUUUGACAGCUGUUCUUUAUAAAAAGAAAGAUUUACAUCUGGAAAACACCGUUAUUCCCGAACCAGGAAAAGGGCAGGUUCAAGUGAGUAUACAGCAUGUCGGUAUUUGUGGUACAGAUCUCCAGAUAUAUGAACACGGAUGUUUUGGAGACUUGGAAGUCAAAGAACCAUUAGCCAUAGGACACGAAUCAGCCGGGGUGGUCAGCAAGCUAGGAGAAGGGGUAACCUCGCUUAAAGUUGGUGACAAAGUUGCUCUGGAGUCUGUAUUUGGUUGUAUGGCAUGUUCUGAUUGUAAGAAAGGAAACUACAAUCUGUGUGAAGAUGUAAAGAUAUGUGGUACACCGUCUACAUGGGGCAGCAUGACAAGAUACUUCGUACACAAUGCUGCCGAUUGUUAUAAUUGUGAUGAUUUUUGUAGACUUCCGGAUAAUGUGAGCACUGAGGAAGGUGCUUUGAUGGAACCUUUGACUGUUGCUAUCCAUUCCUGUCGCCGUGCUGGCGUGUGUCUAGGCAGUAAAGUCCUUGUUCUUGGUGACGGGCCUCUUGGUGUAAUGACCGUUCAGGCGGCAAAAGCAAGUGGCGCUACACAAGUUGGAAUAACAGGUAAACAUCAAUAUCGUCUGAACAUCGCUAAGAAGAUUGGAGCAGAUUUCGUACUGAAUGUUACAUCAAAGGAUCCAAAAGAAGUGGCUAUGAUAGUUAUUGAUGCAUUCGGUGGAAAACCUGAAAUAAGUAUUGAGAGCACUGGAGUGCAGAGUAGCAUUCAAGCGGCCAUAUUUGCAACACAUAAUGGAGAAAAUGUGACAAUAAGCGGGCUGAGAGAAAAUAAUGUUUCGAUACCAAUAGUAAAUGCGGGCUUCAGGGAAGUUGAUAUUCGUGGGGUAGCUGCGAAUGCUCACUGCUAUCCUAUUGCACGUGCUAUGGUUGCUUCAGGUCAGGUUAACCUAAAGCCUUUGCUUACCCACAUGUUUGCCUUGGAACAGGCUAACGAGGCCUUUAAAACAGCGGAGACUAAAGAAUGCAUGAAAGUGAUGAUCAAGUGUAGCAAGGAUUAAGCUGAGUGUGGCGAAAAAACAACUUUUAUUCUCUUGAACUUGAAACAUGGCGAAUGAAUCAGAAUAUAUUAAUAUGAAACAGAUAUACAUUUUAGGAUAUUUAGUAUGUGCGAGCGUUCAGUGGUUUUCUUUCAUUUAUGAUUAUUAUUAUAAUUACAUGUUAAGGAGGUAGGUUACCUUGCUACCAGGGUAACUUCAAAUUAGUUGAACCGCAGUAAUUUUUUGUAUUUCGUGUAAUUUUAUGUUUUAACUGCUACAGUCUCAAUUCCGUUUAUCUCUGUCCCUUCAAGUACAAGUUUUAUCCAGAUUUGAAGUACACGACCCUCCAAAGGUAAUUUAUAUUGAAAGAAGAAGAAAAAUACGGAUAUUUAACACUUUUCAGUGUAUUUUGGUUUCAUUACUAUCCGUAGAAGUCUGCAUAAUUGAUAAUUUUACUAGUAUGCGCGUUAGCUGUCUAAUAUAAGCUUAAAAUGUAUAUGUCGCAGGCUCGUGUUUCCAUGGUAACGCAUUUCUUUCAUUUUUAAACAUUAAAUGUAUGAAAACGGGUUUUUCAACGCCUUCGGUGCAUUUCUGUUAAUGAUCAGCAUGGAAUAUUUUGGGUAAUAUAAUUAGCAAAACACCAAGCACUGUACAUGGUAUCCUAUUUUUCUUAAAUUUUAAAGUAACCAUGGCAACAUGAUGUUUAAAAUAGCUUAUUUCUUGCUUUUUUAUCGUAAUUUCUUUAAAAAAAUUAAAAAAAUUAUCUGUCUUGUUAAUGUAGCUUUACAACAUCUUAUUUCUAACGUAAGUAAUAUUUUCCUGUUAUUUGCAUUUACUUAAACAAAUUUCACAACUUAAACUACUUACUGCAGUAUCCCUCGUCUGACAUUUUUAUGGAAAAAUCGUUCUGCAUGCUGCUAUUAUUCUCAUGGAUAUUGUUGAAACGCAUAUAAAAAGCCGUAGCUAUGUUCCUUAAAUAGACUAGUGUCAACGCUUUUGAAUUUUAUAUUUAGAUAGAAAAGUCACGGGCUUCGUUUCCAGGGUAACAUCAAUUCAAGAAACCACAAUUUUCUACUGAAAUUUGAACAAAUUUUAUAGCUUAGUUUUAGUAUAUAAGUAACAAAUUAUCAAGGGAAACUGGAAAAUAGGUAUUACAAAUCAAACUGCCCAAUUUUUAUUUGAAAAUGGCUGUAAUAAGUAACCUUUCACCCACCUAUAUUCCCAACAACAUCAGUUACCAUCAUCCAUUUUCUUACAUUCCGCAUAACAUUUCGGUAUAACUACAUAAAAGAGUCAAAAUAUUGAUCAAUAUUUAGAGCGAAAUACUCAUAAAAAUAUUUUAGCAAAUAAUGGCUGUUUAAAAAUAGUUCAAAUAAAGAAAAUGCACAGAAUUACGUACUUUCAAAAUAUAAGCUAUUAAUUUUGCGCGGUAAUUGACACGUAACGUCAUGACGUCAAUGACGUCAUUUUAAGGCCACAAUGUUUUGAAGCGUUUCUGCGGCAAUUUAUUCAUUAUUUCUCCAUUAUUAAACUAGUAAGCAUUAGAUGGGAAGCAGAUUCAUGAUAUUAAUUUUCAGAAGAAUGGAUAUACAAACACACUUAGUUUGUCGUAAACGUCGUCGUAAAACGUCACGUUAGCUUCCGGUUGGACAUGCGCACAUACAAAUAUUAAGAUAACCUACCUUCUUAAAGUCAGUAACCUGUAUGACCCUGUAUACUAGGGUUAUCAUUAUAAUCUCAGAAUGCAGGCUUUAUUACUCGUUUCUGUAAGAUGAAAGCAAAUCUAAUAAUAGUUUUAUUACAUGCUUAUCUGUUAUCAAUACAUAUUAAUAUUAUAUGAAGCUUAAUGUUAUGAAUUUAUUCAAUAUUCAGAAUAAAAUUGACAAUAUUGGUGUAAUUUAAUUAAAUUUUGUUUAAUUUUGUAUGUAAAAUAACUUUUAGAUCAUUAUUGCUGUGGAAUAUUUAAUAAAGAUGAGCAUUGCGAAACAUAUCUAUGUAUCUAUAAGGAGUAUUUAAUAACUUGCCAACUUCUCGUAAUUAUUCACAUAAUGGACAGGCUAUUUGAUAAUAAGCAUUUAUUUUUCAUCUCAUCAAAAUCGCAAUAACAUGCAGUUUUUACUCUCAUAACUUACCUGCAUAUGUUUUACAACUGAUUUGCUAACGCCUCUUUGUCUUUGAUUAACAUAUUUCUAAUGGAGAAGAAUUCCUAUAAGUUUUUGUAAGCUUGUUUUCUAAUCAUUUCAUGUACAUUUCAUUCAUAUUGUCAUAUAUGCAGUUUCCGAAAUAAAUACUGUUUAAACCAAUAUUGGCAAAAAUAAAUAAUUAAACGCAACAACACACAUUCCAAUAUGACUAACACGAUAUUAUGCUGACGUCACUUUGACGUAAUAUUUAGGCUAAAUUAGCGCCAAGCAUCGAGAAAUAGCGCUUCAAAUUUGAUCAGAUUUUAUUUAAAACAUGUUUAAAACGAAAUGUCACAUAGCAAACUUUUAAAAAUUAAUUUACACACAAACUGAGUUGGUUAUUCGUUGUGCAGAAUUAUGCUCUAAUGGAACUAUUCCUCAAGACGUACUAUCAUUUCCGGUCCAGACGUGUAUAAAGAAAAGGAGCGUGACAAUCUACCAUUUGGCGCCAAACUUGCGCGAAGAAACAGUUCUAUCAUAUUUUAUCUAAAUUUUACAAUAAACGAAAUAAUUUAUAGCAAAACCGAGUUUGAACACUAUUUAUACACUCCGGCAAUUAUGUGUCGUACAAAAUAAUUUUCACUCGGGCUAGGCUGUCCUGAAAUUACUACGCUUGACGUAUAACCUUCUUUAGUGUAUGAAAAGUGUUAAAACACGGUUUUGCCUCAAAAUAUAUCUUACAUAAAGUGACGUCACGCAACUGAUAUGAAUUUCGACCAGCAUGGAUCCAGACCAGACUGCGCAGCUGGAUCCAUGCUGGUCGCAAAUGCACUAUGUUGGUUUUCUCAUGGUGCGGCUCAAUUAUAUUUUUCUUCUUUUACAUUACAUUUGUCGUUGUGCAUUCACAUAUCAAUAUAUAUGUAUACCAGUGCUUUGUACCUUGACAUACAAGGAGGAAAAUAAAAUUUCGGUAACAGGAA